CCGCGCUCGGAGCGGCGCAGCCCCGGCCCGCGGAGCACACGGCGCUCCGGCAGGCGGGGCCGGGCCGGCCGCAGCUUGGGCAGCUCCUCGGCCUCCCCGCGCCGGGCAAAGGUUGGCGCGGCUCCCAGCGAGUCCCGGGGUUGCGCUCGUCUGGGGAGGGGCGAGAUUCCUGCAGCUGGGCAGGCGACAGACGAGCGAACGUCGGCAGGCACGAACUGAUGAUCUGUUCAGGGAUUCAGCAGCUCUGGUCCUGAGGGAGUCAUUCCUACUAUCAACAAUACAUGAGGCAUAAUGUCUUCUGGAAAUGACUGUCAGUCCCAGACCUUGACCAAGCCCACAUUUGGUGAGAGAGAGGCAGCUGAAUUGGUUGACAGGGUGUUUGGAUUGAAGGUGUCUUGGAUCAGGUCACUCCCCAGCUACGAUGAUCAGAACUUCCAUGUGCGUGUCUCAGCUGAAGGUGCCGAUGAGUAUGUCCUCAAAAUCACCAAUUCAGAAGACAGCCAGGAGCCUGACCUCAUUGAAGCGCAGACCCAGGCCAUGAUGUUUCUCAGUGCUGAAGGCUUCCCUUCAGCUACGCCUUAUUUGACAAAAGAUGGUAACAUAAUGUCUCUGGAGUCAGGAGGUACUAGACUUGGGAGCAAGAAGUACAUGGUCAGACUGCUGACUUACCUGCCAGGUACACCAGUAGCAAAAAUCACCACCAAUGCUCAGAUUCUGUAUGAGAUUGGGAGGCUUGCUGCCAGCCUGGAUAAAGUGCUCUUAGAGAAAUUCCAGCAUCCGUCAGUAAAAAGUCUGCAUCGAGGUCAGUUCAUCUGGAAUCUGGCAAAUGUUCCUCUUCUAGAUCAGUUCAUUUAUGCCUUGGGCCAGAACAAAUACUGUGCAGUGGUGGAGCAAGUUAUUGAGCAGUUUAAAAGCAAAGUAAUACCCAAGCUAAGCAGUUUCCGAGCCUGUAUCAAUCAUGGAGACCUUAAUGACCACAACAUUCUAGUAGACUCCAGUUCUGCUUCCCUGGAGAAUCCCCAGUACAGAGUGUCUGGCAUCCUGGACUUCAGCGACAUGAGUUACGGGCCCGGUGCCCUCUGCCCGCGGCGCGUCCCCGGCACCAUGUCUCGAAGAUAUGACUCCAGAACUACCAUCUUUUCUCCGGAAGGUCGCCUGUACCAAGUUGAGUAUGCGAUGGAGGCCAUUGGGCACGCGGGCACUUGCCUGGGAAUUCUAGCAAACGAUGGAGUGCUGCUGGCAGCAGAGCGGCGCAACAUUCACAAGCUUCUCGAUGAAGUGUUUUUCUCAGAGAAAAUAUACAAACUUAAUGAGGAUAUGGCGUGCAGCGUUGCAGGAAUAACUUCAGAUGCCAAUGUUCUAACAAAUGAGCUGAGACUGAUUGCACAGAGGUAUUUGUUACAGUAUCAAGAGCCCAUUCCUUGUGAACAGCUAGUAACAGCUCUGUGUGAUAUCAAGCAGGCUUAUACACAAUUUGGAGGAAAACGUCCUUUUGGUGUUUCAUUGCUCUAUAUUGGCUGGGAUAAGCAUUAUGGAUUUCAGCUGUACCAAAGUGAUCCUAGUGGAAAUUAUGGCGGGUGGAAAGCCACAUGCAUUGGGAAUAAUAGUGCUGCAGCUGUGUCAAUGCUGAAGCAAGACUACAAAGAAGGGGAAAUGACCUUAAAGACUGCCCUGGCAUUGGCCAUUAAGGUUCUAAAUAAGACCAUGGAUGUCAGUAAGCUCUCUGCUGAGAAAGUUGAAAUUGCAACACUGACAAGAGAGAACGGAAAGACAGUAAUAAGGGUUCUGAAGCAAAAGGAGGUGGAACAAUUGAUAAAACAACAUGAGGAGGAGGAAGCAAAAGCUGAACGUGAAAAGAAGGAGAAGGAACAAAAAGAGAAGGAGAAAUAGAAUAUGAAAUCAAGUGUUCUCUAAAUAAUAAAGGACCUGCUUCAGCAAAAGAUAAUCUGGAUUUCUGCGCUGUAGAAGCCUACAGCUAUGCCAUGGAAGACCCAGAAGCACUUUUGAUGAACCAGGUCCUUAGUCAUCAUUUAGAUAAUUAGUUUACUGCUCUUUACAUCGACCAAUAAUUGCUUUAAUUCUUGAACACUCUUUCUUUCAUCUUCUAUUUUUUAUUAUGGAAUAAAAUUUAAGAAGAAUAGUGAUGGGUGUCUUUAUUUCCUCAGUAAUGCCUGGAUAUGCACGAUCUUGAGGCAUUUAAUUGCUUUAAACCAUUAAAACAAGGUAUAUGCUAGUUGGUAAAGAACAAAUAUGGUGUUAGAAUUGUUAGAAUUUUGUGUGUACGUGUGGGUUUUCUUUAAAAGGUAGUGAAAAGAGCUCCUAAGUUUGAAAAGUCCUUUCACAAAUACAGAAUUAAAGUGUGCUGGCAUGCCAA